UCAAAGAUUUGUGAGGCAUUCGUCUAGUAUUUUGCAUGCCAGAAAGCUGGACGGUAUUAUAGAUGACCGCUUUCUAUGGAGAAUUAUAGAAGAAAAGCAAUUAGGGUCGCCUAAGUUUCGAAGUCCUCACUUGACUUUGAGAAUGCUCUACUUUCCCCUUUGUUUGUAAUCGAUUUUAAUUUUCCCUUUGUUUGUAAUCGAGCAGCAAAAUUUUGUAAUUCUCCCGUAAAUAACUGAUGCUAAUUACAGCGUGCGAGAAAAUUUUUUAAGUGUACAGCAAAUAGCGCUUAUGUCAGAGUCGAAGAAAGCAAGCUCCGGCGACGGCCGAAAUAGCGCCGGAACCAAACGGAAUCUUCCUUCAUGGAUGAGUGCCAGAGAAGAGAGAGAUAGUUCAGGUGGUAAAAAUAAGGAGCCCAAAUCUUCUGCUUCCGCCUCAAAUUCCGGUUCCCACGACUUCUCAAAACUCAUGGAAGGGGUGGUGUUUGUGCUAUCCGGGUUUGUCAACCCGGAGCGGGCCGAGUUACGGUCUUGGGCACUUGAAAUGGGAGCGGAGUAUCAACCCGAUUGGAAUUCGAACUGUACCUUGCUCAUCUGUGCAUUUCCUAACACACCAAAAUUUCGGCAAGUAGAGGCUGAUUCUGGGACCAUUGUUUCCAAGGAAUGGAUUUUGGAGUGUCAUGAGCAGAAAAAGCUUGUGGAUAUUGAACCUUAUCUUUUGCAUCCGGGCAAGCCAUGGAGGAGGCAAAGUGUUCCCAAUGAAGCCAGCAAUGAUUGUAGAGCAACUUCAUCUCUGAAAUUGCAGAAAAAUGUGGAGAAAAGCUCAUGUGCACUGCCUACUGAUGGUGCUUCUGAGGAUCAGCCUUCUAACCAAGUUAGUGAUUGUUUUUCUCCUUCUAGAGUAAAGAAAUGGGCUAGUGAUGAUUUGACUAGGACGCUAUCAUGGCUGGAAAGUCAAGAUGAGAAGCCAGAACAGAGUGAGAUAAAGAAAAUAGCUGCAGAGGGGAUCCUCACCUGUUUGCAGGAUGCCAUAGAUGCACUCAAGCAAGGGCAGCUUAUCCUGCAAAUAAAUGAGCAGUGGGCCUGCGUCCCCAGGGUGGUUGAGGAGCUGAUGAAGUUUGAUGGCACCAAGGAUGAUUCAGCUUCAGUUAGCAAGAAAUAUCUUUGCAGACAUGCUGUCGCCUGUAAACAGAUUUAUGAGAAUGAGUACAGAAACUUGGAAGAUGAUUCAUCUCCAAAGAAGAAGUCGAAGACUAAUGACCAUGGGAAGUGCGGGUAUGAAGAAGGGACAGCUUCUAAGGGUGGCGAUGCCUAUGAAAGCGAUGAUACUGUUGAGAUGACAGAAGAGGAAAUAGAGCGAGCUUAUAAUACCAUUUCUUCUACACUACUUGAUGCUGGCUAAUGUUAACGUUGUUGUGCGCUCUUGUUGAAAUUUUGCUUGCCUUUUGUCAUCUGGUCUCAGUUGCACUGAUGAAACAGUGAUUGGCAGUAAAUACUUGGAUUCCUCUCGUCUUCUUCA